CCGAAGCACAAGUUUCGUACGCUGAAAAUUAUAAUAAGUUUUAAUUGAAUUUGGUGUUUUGUAAUUUGAUUUUUUGUAAUUUGUUGUUAUAUUGGCUACUACUAUUCCUUGUGUAAAAUAUUCAAGUGAAAUUCGUGGAUUAUUCGUAUUUCAGCAGUUGUACGUGAGUUUUGUGUGGAUUAAAACAACAUGUCCAGCCCAGCACGAUCAAGCCGAGGACGGCGGCAGGAGAAUGGCUCCCAAAGUACUCCUUCCAAACAAACAACCUCUAAUAAUGAAACGGAAACACCUUUGCGGAUGGGUAGUCGAACUCAAAAUCCCAACGUCGUUGUUGAAAGCUCUGAUAAUGUGACUGUUCCUACUUCUCCAGCAGUAGGAGGAUCGGGAACUGGAAUGGCUCCACCUACAAGUCCAUUUAAUGCCGUAGGAGGUAGUACUGCAGUGGGAUUGAGUGAGAUCGAUAUCAGUUCUCCGCUUAACUAUGGAACUCCAAGUUCAAUGGGUUCAAUCCGCACUCCAAGAUCGGGUAUCCGUGGAACUCCUAUGAGACAGCGUCCUGAUCUUCGCGCGGACAGACGUGUUCGUCAAGUGAAUGUAGGAUCUGAUCAACUGGAACCGAUUCCUGAGGGAAGUCAGCCAUCGGAAGCCGAUUCCGUUGGAGCUAGCCAACCGAAGAUGGUCGUAUGGGGUACCAAUGUUGUAGUAUCGGAAUGUCUGAAAAAGUUCAAAGACUUCAUUAUGAGGUACAUAGAUCCUGAUGCAGCUCAGGAUGAAAUAUCCGAAGGCAUGAAUUUGAAUGAACCGCUUUAUAUGCAGAAAUUGGAGGAAAUUCAUACCUUGGAAGAACCAUUCCUGAACGUCAACUGCGCUCAUUUGAGGACUUUUGAUGAAGCUCUGUAUCGUCAACUUAUUUGUUAUCCUCAAGAUGUGAUUCCAACUUUUGACGUGGCCAUCAAUGAGAUGUUCUUCGAGCGUUAUCCGGCUGCUGUGCUGGAGCAUCAGAUUCAAGUUCGUCCAUUCAAUGCCGAGAAAACGCGAAGCAUGCGAGCACUGAAUCCAGAAGACAUUGACCAAUUGAUUACCAUUAGCGGAAUGGUGAUUCGUACAUCGAACAUUAUGCCCGAGAUGCGGGAAGCCUUUUUCAAAUGUAUUGUCUGUAACUUCAGUACUGUAGUCGAAUUAGAAAGAGGAAGAAUCGCUGAACCUACGCUCUGUUCGCACUGCAACACCAAUCAUUGUUUCCAGCUGAUUCACAAUCGCUCGCAAUUUGCUGAUCGGCAGAUGAUCAAGCUUCAAGAAGCACCAGAUGACAUGGCUGCUGGACAGACUCCUCACAAUGUGCUGUUACUGGCCCAUGAUGAUUUGGUGGAUAAGGUUCAACCAGGAGAUCGAGUUACGGUAACUGGUGUCUACAAAGCGAUGCCCAUUCAAGAGAAUCCCCGCCAGCGUAACGUGAAAUCAGUGUAUAAAACGCAUAUCGACGUUGUCCACUUUCGUAAGGUGGAUGAUAAGCGACUUUACGAACAGGAAGAAGGUAAGGAUCACAUGUUCCCUCCGGAGCGAGUAGAGCUCCUGAAGAAGUUGUCUCAGAAGCCGGAUGUUUACGAUCGGCUAGUUCGUACAAUUGCUCCCUCAAUUUAUGAGAAUACUGACAUCAAGAAGGGUAUUCUGCUGCAAUUGUUUGGAGGUUCGAAGAAAAAACAGGCCACCUCAGGUCGACAGAACUUCCGUGCAGAAAUUCAUAUUUUACUCUGCGGCGAUCCUGGUACUUCGAAGUCACAGCUUUUGCAGUAUGUGUAUCAUUUGGUUCCGAGAGCACAAUAUACUUCCGGAAAGGGUUCUUCUGCAGUGGGUCUGACGGCAUACGUAACCAAAGAUCCCGAAACUAGGCAGCUUGUUCUGCAAACCGGUGCAUUGGUCCUGGCCGAUAAUGGCGUUUGCUGUAUUGACGAGUUUGAUAAGAUGAAUGAUUCCACCAGAAGUGUACUUCACGAAGUGAUGGAGCAGCAGACGCUAAGUAUUGCUAAGGCUGGUAUCAUUUGUCAGCUGAAUGCGCGUACUUCAAUCUUGGCUGCAGCCAAUCCGUCGGAAUCACAGUGGAACAAGAAUAAGACCAUCAUCGAUAACGUACAGCUUCCCCACACGUUAAUGUCGAGAUUCGAUUUGAUUUUCUUGAUUCUUGACCCACAAGAUGAACAAUUUGAUCGCCGUCUCGCAGCUCAUUUGGUUUCUCUUUACUACGCCAGCCGUGAAGAUGACGAGGACAGUCUUUUCGACAUGAGCGUGCUGCGUGAUUACAUGGCCUAUGCCAAGGACCACAUAAAUCCUGUACUGUCCGAGGAAGCACAGCAGCGUCUGAUUCAGGCUUACGUUGAUAUGCGCAAGGUUGGUGCUGGUCGUGGUCAGAUUUCGGCCUACCCGAGACAGUUGGAAAGUUUGAUUCGCUUGUCCGAGUCUCAUGCCAAAGUGCGGCUCAGUGAGACUGUCGAUGUGGUGGAUGUUGAAGAAGCAUGGCGCUUGCAUCAAGAGGCACUGAAACAAUCUGCCACCGAUCCACUUUCCGGAAAAAUUGAUGUGGGUAUUUUGACAACUGGUUUGUCUAGUGCAGCGAGAAAGAAGCGAGCAGAGUUGGUGGCCAGCAUCAAGGAGAAUUUGAAAUUAAAAGGCAAAAUCUCCACACUGCCAUAUCUAAAAUUGUUCGGUGAAAUUAAAGAGGCAUCUCAAGUGCUCGUUACAAAGGAACAGUUUGAAGACGCUCUCAAGGAAUUACAAGAUGAGGGUGUGAUUGUCAUUGUUGGUAAUAACACCAUCCGGAUAUGUUAACAAGGUUCAUGUGGACUAUGAGCGGAUUUGCUAAAUGGUACCUUUUCUUACUUGUAAUAAUUAUUCGUGAGGUUAGUAUUAAGUCGUUUUCAUUAAACUUUCGAUACAAAAUAUACUCCAUAUUGAA